CCUGCGUCACGUCCGGCAGGCGGGGUUGCGACCCCUGACCCUGCCAGCGGGCCGGGACCAUGGUGCCGGUGUUUGGCGCCCUGGCGCUGGUGGUCGCCGUGCUCGCGCUGCUGCCGUUGAUCCGAUGGCUGCUAUCCCGUAUCUUUACUCAGCUUAUCCACAACUGGCUGAAGGCAGACGUCAAGAUCGGCUCUGUUGGCUUCCUCUCGCUGCAUAAUAUCAGUGUCACCAUCUCCUCAGGAGGGACCGUGGAAGUGGACAAAGUCUGGGUCUCCUGCAAGCUGCUGAACCAUGAGUUACCUCACUACCUUGGCGUCUGUGUCGGAGAGGUCCGCUUCCAGACAGACCUGCAAGGUGCCACUCCAAAUCAGGGACCGACGGAGACUAUUCCCAGAGAGGGUGCGAGGAAGAAGCGGUCGUGGACCCCACAACCGUCAGUACUGCGCAUGUUGUCUCAGUUGUUCUCCUUCCAUAUCUACUCGAUAAACAUGAUGGUCCUAAAUGCCAGGAUCCCGGAGUCCCUGUGGCACGUUGCAGUCUCAAGCUGCAUGCUUGUCUUCAGCUGCAAUGGCAGCAGCAUGAAGUGCGAGAGCACAGUGAGGAAACUGAACAGCAAGAUGAUAAAGAGCAGCCAACUGGAGGAUUUUUGUCUGGCUAACGUGUCACUGAGCCUGGUGGUGACUGUGGACAUCAGCCUGCCCAGCCCGAAAGCGCUCAGCACAGAGCUGGUCAUCGACUCACUACAGACCGAGCUCCACGAGGGAUUCUUCAGUUCCCACAUACUGCAAAAAGCACUGUCACAUCCCAGAGUCUUGCAGGAAAGUUCCAGCACGGACUCUGCAGAAAGUGCCAAGGAGGUGGAUGCUUUGCCUUAUAGACCUGGGUUUAUGAAGUACCUGCCACAAGUUGGUUCCGUGAAGAUGGAGAAUACCAAUGUCAAGCUAUUGUUAAACAGCCAGCAGAGACACCUGCACUGGAGCCUGAAGUCGUUGAGCUUCCACUACACGCUGGAUGACUUUUACCACUCCAUCCCUCAUCUCUUGCUGCCUCCUGUCACCGUUGAGCUGAAUCUCGAAGAUGGACUGCUCCUGUCCCAGAGUCGGCAGCGGAUCGUGACCCUGGCCAAGCUCAGCAACUCCCUACAGAUCACAGGCAUUGAUAUUUCUUCAUCUGUCACCGUCCACACAUGCAUCGUUCACUAUCGGCACUCUGAGUUUUCACAUUGGCUGACCUUGUGGCCAAGCGGUCCAGCAGAGCCAAGCACUGCAGCCAGAAGGCCCAUACCUCAGCUCAAGAUCCCCUUCACUUUCAGCUGUACACUGACAAAUGUAAGUGGCUCCCUCCAGUUCUUUGAGACUCCCGCCUUCGCACUGGGUGUCAGCUCCGUCAUUGCAGACAUCCAACACCUGAAGUCACACUGGCGAGGGAACCUGGCACUGAAGAGCCUUUGGUGGAGAGCAGGCGAGGGGUCACAAGUACUGAGAGCACCUCCUCCAGCCAACACCCACGUGUGGGGAGAUGUUCUUGUCGUGGAUGUGAUGAACCUGCAGGGGAGUUACAGCCAGGCUCCAUCACUAACCAGUGAAUAUACCAACACUCUGCACCUGGACGGCACAGUAAGUGAGCUACAAGUGGAGAUUGUGGAGACGGCGGUGCAGUGUCUGUCAAAGGUAUUGUCUUUGAUACAGGGAGGUCAGGAGGCACCUUCAAAAGAGAACCCUGUCAUCAUAGAAUGUGACUCUAUGCAUGAGGAUCUGGUUUUCAACAGUGAACCUAAGGUUCGUUUCUCCAGAGUGAAUGUUAAACUGGAAGACAUCACGCUUUUCUUUCUCUCCAGUACAGCAGGUGCCAGCAUUCUGCAGGUGAAAUCCGUGUCUGUUGACAACAGUGUGGAGAGUUUAAUCAGUGAAGUGGAGAGCUUAUCCCUCGCAGUGGAGAAAGAUAUAACGAACAGUAUACAGCUCCAUCCUAAUCUGAAAAAUAGCCCCACACAUCUUCUCUCAGUAUCCCAGUUCACCGCCGCUUUCUUCACACAUGGCUGGUCUUUUGAGCUGCGAUCCCUGCAGGAUGUCAAUGUACAGUGGGAUCCUACCAGCCACAUGUUCCUCUACCAUCACCUCCAGGAGGCCAGGCAAAUGCAUCAGAGCCUGCGGGCAAGCCUGGCAGCGGGAAAGCUGCCAGUGGGCGAGGACAGUGUGGGUAGGAGGUCUGUCGGUCUGGAGCUGGAGCUGAAGAACCUGACAGUCAGGGCAAAAGUUGCCCCUGAGCACGUGGUCCAGCUGCGGGCAGCGAAUGUGGCAGGCAAGGUGCAGGGUGAGGAGAAGCAGCUGCAGGCCUCCCAGCUGGUGCUGGUCUUCGACGGCCACAACAUCUUCUCCUUCAGGGAGGCUGAGGUGCAGAGGGAGCUGUGGGAUCCACUUCCAGGCUCCAGAGCCGGGAUGUGGGCCAUCCAGCUCUCCAGCGUCUCUGCAGAGUUCCCCUUCCGUUACGAUUUCUCCAGUGCCUUCGACCAGUGUGUGACCGUGGCCAACUGGCUGAAGGCGUUGCACCGUGUUGGCGGUCCCCCGCGGGAGGGGAGACCAGCGGGACCACUGCCCUCCAACAUAGUCCUCCGCCUGGGCCAGUUCUCCUUCGUCUUCCUGGACAGCGUCUUUGAGGUAAAGCUGCGAGAUGACUAUGAGCUGAUGAAGGAUGAGAGCAAGGAGAGCGCCAAGAGGCUGAAGCUGCUGGAUGCCAAGGUGACUGCCCUUCGCAAACAGCAUGGUGAGCUGCUGCCCGCCCGCAAGAUUGAGGACCUCUAUGCCUCACUGGAGCAGACCAACAUCAACAUGUACGUGCAACGCUCUCAACGUCUCUAUGCCAACACACCCAUGCGCAAGGCCCUGCUUACCUGGCUGAUCACUGAUUUGGAGCUGAGGGCCACGGCCGAGGCCUCCACUCACGGCGCACAGCGUGUGCAGGAGGAGAUGCAAAGGCUGGACGGCUCCAGCCCCUUCCCCCAGGACGGCCUGCGGCUCCUCAUCCACUGGUGCCGGCAGGUGAAGUUCCAAGCCAAAGCGUUUCUUGUUCGAAUCCGUGAUUACCCUCGGUAUUUGUUUGAGAUACGAGACUGGAAUCUUUCGGGAAAGCUGAUUGGGUCCGAGGAGGAUGGACGACCCCGUGCAAGGCGAAAGGUGAAGCUGUCCCUGGGAGCUCCCUGGGGUGAUGCUGUAAUCGAGAGGAACAUGCCCCCUUUGAAAUGGUACCAUGACUUUGAGUCCCAGGUCUCCCUCUUCACCAUUGUAUGGGGUCCAUGCUGGGACCCAGCCUGGACACUGAUUGGGCAGGCCAUCGAUCUCCUCACCAAACCCACGGUGGACCCAAGCCCACCCCUCACCUGGUGGGACAAGAGCCGGCUGCUUUUCCAUGGGACCUGGAGAAUGGACAUUGAGCAAGCCAACCUGCACCAGCUUGCUACUGAGGAUCCAUACAACACCACUGAGAACAUGCACUGGGAAUGGAGCAAGUUACAGUUCAUCUGGAAGAAUUGCCAAUUUUGCUUUGCAGGCGACCUAGAUGUCAAUGUGCGAACUGCAUCAAAGUAUGAUGACUGCUGCUUUCUUCACUUACCUGACCUGCACCUCACCAUUGACCUCCAGUGGAUCUGCCAGGGAAACCCCUUUGACCACCACAGCGUUGCGUUGUGCUCUUCGAACAACCUGGAAACCCUACCAGAUGGAGAGGUGCAUGAUUCCUAUAAACUCUUCCGAUCACGGAAUCUCAACCUUUCGCUAAUGAUGAACCUGGAUGCAUCAGGCAGAGGAAGCACCGAGUCACGAAUCCUGUUGUAUAGCAGCACCCUGCGUUGGAUGCAGAACUUCUGGGCUACGUGGACAACUGUUUCCAGACCCAUCUGUCGGGGGAAGCUCUUCAAUAAUCUGAAACCAAGCAAGAAGAAGCUGAGCCAACAUUACAAGCUGGUGUCCUUCAAUCCCGUCUUUCCCCAAUUACAGGUUCAUUACUGGGCUUCAUUUGCCCAACAGCGGGGUAUCGAACUGCAGUGCUCCCAAGGGUACGUGUCAUGCCGAGGAACACAGAGGUUCAUUCCCCAGGGCUGUGCCUCAGCAGGGGGCUCGGUGCUGAGACGGCCGAUCUCGGAGUGGAAUGUCACUGAGAUGUACAGCAAGCUGAACCUGGUCACUGUCUACCUGAUGACAUCAGCUGCGGAAGAGAGCGCCGAGCAGCGGCUGGACGCACAGGUGACCAAGACUCACCUCCUCAGCCUCUCGUCCCUCAACUACCAGAGGCAGAACAAAGUGGAGGAGGAGCUAUCUGUGAAGGAGGAGGAAGGUUACACCCACAGACUUUGCCUGGUUGACCUCCGAGCAUCAUGGACCCCAACCAACCGCACGGUGGCAUUCGGCCUCUAUGAUGGGUACAAGAAGGCAGCCGUGCUGAAGCGUAACCUAUCUACUGAGGCGCUGAAGGGAUUAAAGAUUGACAUCGACUUGCAGACCAAAAAACCGAAACGGCCACCGCCACUACAUGCUGCCUCCAGCACAGAUGAGGAGAAACAGGAACCAAAACCACAGGAAGGGCCGGUGAACAGAGAGGAGGGGCGGUUGCGUGGAGAGGCAGCAAGAGGAGGUGCCUCCAUGUUACAGAAGCUGAUCGAGGAGACAGACAGGUUUGUCGUUUUCACAGAGGAGGACUCUGGGGUGUGUGACCAGCUGUACGGGAUCGUAGCCUGUCAAACAGGUGAUGUGUUAAACCGGAACUGGAUGAUCGAGCUGGUGAACUCCCAGGUGAUGUUAAGAGGUGCUGAGACAGUAGGCUGUGUCUUUGUAAGUGCUGCCAAGGCACAGCUGAUGCAGUGCCUGUACCACCCAGCCUGGUACAAUGACACCCUCAAGCAAAAGGCCACCUGGACCUGCCUGCUGGAUGGUAUGCAGUACUUUGCCACCAUGGAGACCAACCCUGCGGAGAAUGAGGAGCGCCAGCUAUGGUUAGAGGUCAAAAACAUCGAAGAGCAUCGCACCCGGAACCUGGACUCUGUGGCAGAACUGAUGGAGAGUGGACAGGCUGUGGGAGGGAUGGUCAGCACGACAACAGACUGGAACCUCCCUGCCGAAGGCUAUCAGCCGCAGCAGGUGCAGAGGAUCAUCUCGCGCUGUAACUGCCGGAUGUUCUAUGUCAGUUACAGCCAUGAUAUCGAGCCUGAGUUGGUGACCCAGAUCAAACCCCCUGAGGUCCAUGAAGACCAGAAGGAGGACCUGCUGAAGAAGCAGAAUGGUGCUGUGGACACAUUCACCCUGAUCCACCAUGACCUGGAGAUAUCCACCAACCCAGUGCAGUACGCCAUGAUCCUGGAUAUCGUUAACAAUCUGCUGUUGCUGGUUGAACCCAAACGCAAAGAGCACAGUGAGAGGAAGCAGCGAGUGCGAUUCCAGCUGGAGAUUUCCAGCAAUCCAGAAGAGCAGCGGAAUAGCAUCCUCCAUCUGCAGGAUGCUGUCAGAAUGCAUGUGACCCGGAUCCGGCAGUUGGAGAAAGAGAUCCAUCUGAUUGUCAAGUCUCUGCAGGAUGACAGCCAUAACACUACACUGUUGAACCAGAGCCACGAGCUACAGGUGCGGCUGAACCAAGAGAAGACAGAUCUACAGGCCAAGAGCGAGGAACUCAACAUUCUCAUCAGGUGUUUCAAGGACUUCCAACUCCAGCGGGCAAACAAGCUGGAGCUCCGCAAGCAGCAGGAGGACGUGAGCGUGGUGCGGCGCACCGAGGUUUACUUUGCCCAGGCACGCUGGCGUCUGACAGAGGAGGAUGGGCAGCUGGGUAUUGCCGAGCUAGAGCUGCAGCGGUUCCUGUACAGCAAGGUGAAUAAAUCGGACGACACUGCAGAGCAUCUGCUGGAACUGGGCUCCUUCACAAUGAAUAACCAGCUGCCAAACUCCUUGUAUAAGGUGGUGUUACGGCCCCAGAAUCCCUCGCAGUCUGCUCGCCAGCUCGCUCUCAGAAUCUUCAGCAAGGUCCGGCCUCCCGUUGGGGGUAUCUCAGUGAAGGAACACUUUGAGGUGAAUGUCGUUCCAUUGACCAUUCAGCUGACCUACCAGUUCUUCAGGAGGAUGAUGGGCUUCUUCUUUCCGGGACGGAAUGUAGAAGAGGAGGAUACGGGAACAGACGAAGAGGACAAGUCCAAGCUGGUGACCACAGGCAUCCCGGUGGGUGUAAAGUCCCGGCAGCUCAUCACCCCUGAUGACACAGUCAGCCUAGGGUCAGCGAAAGGAGUCUCAGCGGGACUAAACAGGGGUUCAGGGGUCAGGAGAUCCUUCCGGAAGCCCCCAGAGCAUCCAGUGGAUGACAUCGACAAGAUGAAGGAGAGGGCGGCAAUGAACAACUCUUUUAUCUACGUGAAGAUUCCACAGGUCCCGCUGUGCGUCAGCUAUAAGGGUGAGAAGAAUAUUGAGGACUGGAAGGACUUCAGCCUGGUCUUGCCCUGCUUGGAGUAUCACAAUAACACCUGGACCUGGCUUGAUUUUGCCAUGGCCGUCAAGAGGGACAGUCGCAAGGCUCUGCUUGCCCAGGUGAUAAAGGAGAAACUGCGACUGAAACCAGCCUCCGGACUGGAGGCACGGGGCCGGACGGCAGAGCCAAAGCCAGACGGAAAUCCUCAGCAGCAGGAAGAGGAUGAGAAGGCACGCCUGCUGAUUGGCUCCAAGCUCAUUUCUGGUGACAAAUCCUCUGGAAAAAAGUCACUCUUUGGGAAGCGGAAGUGAAGAGGGAGACACAUCCUCACACUCCACACGGUGUACGGUGGGUCAGGGAAUCAAUGUUGGAUGUUUCACAGCCCUUCACCCUUCCUCCCCCACCAUCCCCAUUACUUCCAGUGCUGUAAAAUUGUGUAAAGAGAAAACUUAUUACAGAAGUUUAAAAAGUAAACUGUGAUGUAAUUAAUAUUUACACUAAAAGUUGCACUGUUUUGUAGUAACUGUAAAAUUUGUAAUUUACUGAUCUUUGUCUUUGAACUAUAAUUGUGAUUUGAAAAGCAAUGGACUUUGUGUACAGUCUGCCCCCAAUUACCAAAAAAAAAUUCCAGAAACUUUAGCUAAAUUUUUAUGAAAGAUGUCCUGCUGUGGUUCUUGGAGUUUGAACUGAUUAAUACAGUGGCAUAUCCCUGUCUAUGUGUAGGGCUAGUCCCUAGUUUCUGCAGCUGUUUCAUUCUGAGCAACACACUCAAAAUGCUGGAGGAACUCAGCAAGCCAGGCAGCAUCUAUGGAGGGGAAUAAAUAGUUGAUAUCAGGACCUGCUGAGUCUCAAUUCAAACUGUUGACUGCUUGUUCCCCUUCACCGCCUGAUUUGCCGAGUUCCUCCAGCAUCUUGUGUGUUUUGCUCAAGGUUUACAGCGUCUGCAGAAUCUCCUGUGUUUGUUUAGUUCUGAGGCCUGUUUAUGGAGGGUGUCUGGGUGAUGUAUGUUGGUGUUAUUUUCUCCUGGGUGAUCUGGUUGUUUUGAUUGGUCCCUGUUUAUAGAUGCUCCACAGUUCACAUGUUUUCAUAGACUGGUGUUCCAGCUCUCGUUAAACUUUUCAAAGUCACUUGCUGAGGAUCCUUCUGGAGUUGGUCCUAUGUGGUUGGUUUAUAUUUGAGUCUCUAGGGAUUGCAUUCCGAAUUGUGCUGAUCCCUCUUUAUGAGGAAGCUCUCUUGCAGCAGUCAACCCAUGACCGGAUGCAGCCUCGGACACUGCCAUUAUCAACCAGAAUAAAGGCUGCUCCUUCGACAGCCACGUAGCAAAUUAAACUCCAUUUCUGAUCCCAUCUCCAUGAGCACACAGAAAUCCAGGAGGGCAGCCAGUCAAUUCCUACUUGAAGUCUUUAAAAUCGUACAGAGAAACAUUUAAGUUUAUUUGAAAUUGGCUAAGACUUUUGCUUUCAGUCUUACUGGGUGUAGAAGGCAGUUUAAUAUUUUGUUCCCUCUCUUUUGGCCUCAAGUUUACAAAUAAAAGUGGGGACUGCUAAUCAGAGACCAGAAUCUGCCAACCCCCUCCUCCCUCUCUCCCUGUUAGCUUAUCUCCAUUGAGUACCUGACCUGGACAGCUUUGGUACACCUCACCUACACACACUGCAGUGUGUUCUGAUGCUGAGGAAUACACAAGCUACCUUUGACAAAAUCAACAUGUUGCUUUUAAAAGAAUUGAUUUGUUUUUAAUGCAGGUGCUGAUGUCAAUAACAGGUUCAUGAAAAAAAUAUGCUUACUAAAAAAAUCACCACAAAACCAAGGAAUAAAGUUGUUUUGUAACAAUUUAUUGUGGAUGAUUUUGCUGAUUAGUUUGCUGAACAUCAUUGUGGUAUCUACCAUCUUAACGAGUCUCACUGCUCCAUGGCCAGAGUGGUCUCUGAUCUAACUUCUGAAAGGCAAGAUAUCUGAGCAAGUUCUAUUUAAAUAAUAAUUGGUAAAGAAUAAAAGUGGUACAUUACUGCUGCUGCCUCACAGUUCCCCUGAUUUGGGUUCAAUCCUGCCCUCUGGUGCUGUCUGUGAAGAGUUGGCAUGUUUCCCCAGGUUUUCCAGCUUCCUCUCACAUCCCACUGUAAGUUAUCCCUCAGCAGAAUAGAAAGGGUUGAUCAGAAAUCAGGGGUGGGCAGUAAAUACUGGCAAAGCCCCAGUCCUGCAGCCUCACAAACAGGGUGGACGAUGAGAGUUCAGUGAGAGAUGGAACAGUGCAACUCUCAACAGAACUUUCACAGGAGGUAGGCUUUAUUCAGAGCUUAAACAAAAAUUAAAACUAAACCAGGCGGAUGGUGGUUUAUUCUUGCAAGCAGGCUCUGUGCCUGCAAACACAGAUUAAGACAAUGUUACUAACAAAUUCAAGCAUCCACUGGUUCCCAUUAAACAGUUGUCUUAUUAACGAUAAACCACUUCCUAACAGUAGUGACAAACAUGUUUAAUUGUAAAUCUUUAAUUCUCAGAUUAAACCAUCCUGUGACAGUGAAACAUGAAAAAUGUGCCAACAGUAAUCAACAUCUUCCCAGCUGCCAUUCUCUGAAAGAGGUGGAUCCACAAAUCUCUGUUACAUUCCCUCAACAGAACCACCAUUCCCACCACUGCCCCCUCCCCAUGAACAAUUGUCUCCAUGGGAGCACAUCAGCCUCAGUGUAGGAUCCCUGGCAGCUGUGGGGGUCAGGUCUCUCACACACACUGAGGAGGACCCACACUGCACCUUCUACCCAUCUAAACAGGACCCCCUCACCCUGUAUCACAGCUCCAAAAGCAGAACUGUGCAAAGAGGACAGUGCUGGGAGUGGGCAGUAUGUGAGGAAACUCCCUCUGAAUGAUAAACAGUUUUCACAGUGAUAGUAAAGGACAAAAUCUUCCAACCAUGCCCCCCCUCACUCAAUUUCUAGACAUUGGGGGGGGGGGGGGAAGAGAAGAGAAACAA